AUGGCAGCUUAUGCUUCUCUGCUUUCUAUUAUGCAGAUCAUCAAUCAGAUCAAGCAUCAUCCUUCCCCUCCGAUUUCUAUGGACGAAAAACAAGUUGAAUCUCUCACUGAUAUCGUUAUGUUCUUGCAGGAAUUUCUCGAAGGUUACAAGUCUCCUUAUGCUGAGGGGGAUGAAGCAGAUCCGUUGGAGAUGCGCAUCGCUGAUGCGGUUUAUGCAGCUGAAGAUGUCAUCGAAUCUCACAUUGUGGAUCGAAUUCGUCCACCUGUCUUAGACUCGUACGAGGCUCUGUGGGAUACGAUGGGAGAGAUGGAUGCAACCAUUGCAUUUGGAGGUAUGCUGCUGAGACAAAUCUUAAAUGGUUCCUCAACAUUUGCAGAGUGGUAUGAAACUCUGGUGGAUUUGAUAGAAUGGAUGGGUUUGAUAGAAGACGAGGUGAUAAAAGAGAUGAAUUUUAUCAAUGCAAUCAAUGAUCAAGUCACGGCAUCUGCAGACUUGUAUAAGAGUGCGGUGAAGGUGAUAGAACACCUGAAUCUGAUCAAGAAAGAAGUGACGGAGAUUGUUGCAGCCAACGAUCAGCUGCAAACACAAGCCAUGGAAAAUGCAGACAUGUGUACGAGUCUGGUGAAGGUGAUAGAAGACAUGGAUUUGAUCCGGAAAGAAGUGAUGGAGAUCGUUGCACACAAAGAUAAGCUGCAGAUACAAGUUGCAGCAGCAUCCCUUGGUUCGUCAACUUCUGCAGACUUGCACGGGAGUCUGCAAAAGGCGAUAGAAGACAUGGAUUUGAUCAAGAAAGAAGUGAUGGAGAUCGUUCCACUCGCAUGUGGUGGUUCGUCAACAUCUUCGAACAUGUUGAGGAACAAUUCUUCGACAUCUUCUCUCUCUAGGCUGAACAGCGCAACCAUGGCGGGAUUUGAUGAUGUCGUGCUUCAACUGAUGGAUAAGCUCACUGACGGACGAGUCGGUCGCCAUGUCAUCCCAAUCGUAGGAAUGGGAGGAAUUGGUAAGACCACUCUUGCCAGAAAUGUUUAUGAAAAAACUCUUAUUACUCAUCAUUUUGACAUAUGUGCUUGGGUUACGAUUUCUCAACAAUUUAGCACGAAAAAACUUCUUUGUGAAAUUUUAUUUCAAGCCAAUAAAGAAGAGAACUUUGAACGGUUGAGUGAAAUGAGAGAAGAUGAAAUAGGACUAUUGCUCCACCAAUAUUUAUCAUAUAGAAGGUUUCUUAUUGCGUUGGAUGAUAUGUGGAGUAUUGACCCAUGGGAGAAGAUACAACUCUAUUUUCCUGACAAUAGUAAUGGUAGUCGGAUAAUGGUGACAACUAGGCUAUCGAAUUUGGGAUUUCAGUUGGAUAGCAAUUAUGGCCUUCAAAUGAAAUUUAUGGAUGAGGAAACUAGUUGGAAUAUGUUCUGCAAAAUUGUGUUUGGGGAGGAAAGUUGCCCUUUGAAUUUGGAGGAAAUUGGAAAGAAGAUUGUUAAGAGUUGUAGAGGACUUCCACUAUCAAUUGUUGUGAUAGGGGGUUUUUUGGAGAAAAUGGAACCAAUAAAAGAAUAUUGGGAAUCUAUUAGGAGAAGCAUUAAUUCAUUAGCGAAUUUAGAGAAUGAUAAGCAUUGCUUGAAAAUACUAAAGUUGAGCUACAACCAUUUGCCAAUUUAUCUUAAGCCAUGCUUUCUGUAUAUGGGAACAUAUGCGGAGGAUCAUGUAAUUCAAGUCUCGAGACUCAUCAAGCUAUGGGCUUCUGAAGGAUUUCUAAAACCAAUAAGCGGCAAGAGUUUGGAAACAAUUGCAAAAGAGUACUUAAUUGAACUAGUUGAUAGAAAUCUAAUUCUAGUUCACGAGUUGGGGUCAACUGGAAAAAUUAAGUACUGCAGAAUCCAUGAUCUGCUGAGAGACCUUUGCUUGAGAGAAGCUCAAAAGGAGAGGUUCUAUGAUGUGGUCGAGCAACAUAAUCGUCAAGGCAAGUGUAGCCAACGACGUGUAGUUAUUAUGCGAAGCACUCCAAAGGAGAAAGUCGUUGAUGCCUUGAAAUCAAGACCAUACGCCCGUACCUGUAUACGUGAUUGUACAAGAUAUGAACCGUUUCCCAAUUCAAAAUUGUUGAGGACACUGAAAGCAUGGGAUAAAGAUAAUGAUCAAGGGGGGUGUGAGUGUUCUGUGGAAAAAUUGUUUGAGUUGGUUAAUUUGAGGUUUCUUGAUGUUAAAUCUGAUAUAUACCUCCAUCUUCCUUCUUCAAUCAAUCUUCUCUGGAGUCUACAAACAUUAAUUGUUCAUUAUCCUAUUGUUGAGGUUAUACAUGCACCGGUCGAAAUUUGGAACAUGUCUCAACUUAGGCAUAUUCAUUUAUGGAGCGGAGAAAUUCAUCUCCCAGAUCCUCCGAGUGAUAGCAUUGUCGUCAUGGAGAAUCUCCAAACCCUCGAAGGAGUAAAAAAUUUCAAGUUCGAUGAGAGGAUGGUUCGAAGAAUGCCCAAUGUCAAGAAAUUGGGACUAAAGUAUGAUGGAAUCGAGUCUAGUGAUGAUGAGAGUGAUGAUGACUGUUGUGUCCACAACAUCAAACAUUUGCAGAAGUUGGAAUCUCUUCGAUGUUUUAGCUAUCCCGGGGCUAAAUUUUUGCAAAAGCUUACCUUUCUACACUCUGUUAAAAUUAAGAGUCUAUUUCUUCAAAUACCAUAUGGUCGUAGAAUGGAAGACAUAUUGGAAAAGGUUAGUACAUUACCUCAUCUUCAAAAGCUCAUUUUGAUUGGUGGAGAUUUCACAACAGGCAAAUGGGAAACAGUUGAAGGCCAGUUCCUCAGUCUCAAAUUUUUGAACUUACAUUGUGGAGAUCUGAAAUGCUGGACGAUGGAAAGCUCUCACUUCCCGUGUCUCGAGCAGCUAUAUCUUUUAGUCUCGAGUGAUAUGAAGGAGAUCCCUGCAGAACUGGGUGAAAUUCCGACACUUAAAUCCGUGAAUUUCUACAAUUGCAGUGAAUCGGCUACUAAGAGUGCGAAGAGAAUGGUAGAGGAACAAGAGGACUUGCAAGGAGAAGAACAACUCUCCUUUCGAGUCACAAUUCAUCUCCACAACGAUGAGGACAACGAUGAGCUGUUGAAGUUGGCUACUCCCAACUUUAACGUUGUUAAGCGACUCGCGAGAUAA